CCUCAACGCGGUCGGAUACUGGACAUACGCCAAAGUAACAGAACAUUAUCGUACGAAACUGCAAAAAGACCAGAGGCAAUUGCUAGAUUCCAUAAAAAAGGAUCUUAAGAAGGUUGCAUUCGAUUUCGAAUUUGAUGAGACAAAGAGAAAUAAAGCUCAUGAAAUCCUUGAUCAAUGGAAGCAAGAGCUUAGUCCAAGUGAUGAACUCUUUGUUCGACGCUUAGUGCAAGCUGGAUCUCUUUGCCACCA